AUGCCAUUACCACCAUCCACUUUAAAUCAAAAAUCCAGCCGAGUUUAUUCUAUUGCUAGAGUUUAUGCUGAUGAAUGUGAGAAGAGACCUCAGGAAUAUUGGGAUUAUGAACAAGGUGUUACGAUUGAUUGGGGGAAGAUCACAAAUUAUGAAAUAAUCAAGAAAAUUGGUCGUGGGAAAUAUUCAGAGGUGUUUAGUGGGAUAAAUAUAAUCAACAAUGAACCAUGCGUUAUUAAAGUCUUGAAACCUGUUAAAUUAAAGAAGAUCUAUAGAGAAUUGAAGAUUUUAACCAAUCUAACAGGUGGACCUAACGUAGUUGGAUUAUAUGAUAUUGUUCAAGACACACAAUCAAAGAUACCAGCUUUAAUAUUUGAAGAAAUUAAAAAUGUUGAUUUUAGGACUUUAUAUCCAACUUUCAAAUUGAGCGAUAUUCAAUAUUAUUUUACACAAUUAUUGAUUGCUUUAGAUUAUUGUCAUUCUAUGGGUAUUAUGCAUAGAGAUGUGAAACCACAAAAUGUUAUGAUUGAUCCAAUUCAAAAGAAAUUAAGAUUGAUUGAUUGGGGUUUAGCAGAAUUCUACCAUCCUGGGGUUGAUUAUAACGUUAGAGUUGCUUCAAGAUAUCAUAAAGGUCCUGAGUUAUUGGUGAAUUUAAACCAAUACGAUUAUUCAUUGGAUCUUUGGUCUGUUGGUUGUAUGUUAGCUGCAAUUGUGUUCAGAAAGGAACCUUUCUUUAAAGGUUCUACUAAUCCUGAUCAAUUGGUCAAAAUUGCAGCUGUCUUAGGUACAAAGGAAUUAUUAGCAUAUUUGAGUAAAUAUGGAUUAAAAUUACCAAGCGAAUAUGAUAAUAUAAUGAAAGAUUUCAAUAAGAAGAAUUGGCAAUAUUUCAUUAAAGAGAAUGAUAAUAAUAUUAUAGAAUUAGCUGUACCAGAAAUGAUUGAUUUGAUUGAUAAUUUAUUAAGAUAUGAUCAUCAAGAAAGAUUAACGGCUAAAGAAGCAAUGAAUCAUAAAUUUUUCCGUCAACAAUAUUCAUAA